AUGCAAGUGUCGCAAAGUGACAAUUUUCUUAAAAGAGUUUACAUAAUUGGUCUUCAGAAUUUUUCAGAACCGGAGGAUCUCUCUGCAUAUGAUGGUUUGGAGUUCCGUCUAAAAGGUGAUGGGCGUAGAUAUAAAGUCAUUAUUCGUACAAGCACUGAUUGGGAUGCUCUUGGGUACACUGGAGGCUUUGACACAGAGAAAGGCAAAUGGCAAUCGAUUCAAUUACCAUUUUCUUCCCUAAGGCCUAUAUUGCGAGCAAGAACGGUGCCUGAUGCUCCACCAUUUGAUCCAAGCAAUAUUGCAUCAUUGCAGCUCAUGUUCAGCAAGUUUGAAUAUGAUGGUAAAUUAAAUCAGACUUUUGUGGAAGGUCCAUUUGAGCUUCCGGUGUCUAGCAUAAGGGCAUAUAUAAAGGAUCCAAUAACACCUAGAUUUGUACAUGUGGGCUCAGCGGGAGUUACCAGACCAGAAAGACCUGGACUUGAUCUAAGUAAACAGCCUCCUGCAGUUCGAUUAAACAAGGAACUGGAUUAUAUCCUCACGUUUAAACUAAAGGGUGAGGAUUUAAUUCUAGAAAGUGGCAUUCCAUACGCGAUCGUGAGGCCUUGUGCAUUAACCGAGGAACCUGCAGGAGCUGAUCUUAUCUUUGAUCAAGGGGAUAAUAUUACGGGUAAAAUAUCAAGGGAAGAGAUUGCUCGCAUGUGCGUAGCUGUUCUUGAAAGCCCUUACGCAUGUGACAAAACUUUUGAGGUCCAAAGUGUUGUUCCAUUUAGUGAGCCGUUUACUGUGGAUCCAGAAAAUCCUCCUCCAGAAAAGGACUAUGACGUAUACUUUAAAAAUUUAAAAGAAGGCAUAACUGGAAAGGAAGCGCUCCAACAGAAUCCCAUUCCUGUUUAAUGUUCCUGCAUUGCAGUUCAGUUAUGGAUAUUGCAGAUAUAGUACAUUAAGAGCUGCACAUAAUCUUUGAAUCCAAAGAUAUAUAGUCCAAAAAAAUCUAUGAGACUUCAUAAACCUAGAAAUGAAUGUUGCCUUAUACAAGAUGCAUGUAUAUUCAUAGUGUUUAAAUACAUUCUUUUCUUUUCCUUGUUUGCUUUAGCAGAUAGGAAGGCAAAGAAUAUCAUAUUAUCGACAGGCAGGACCGCACCACACUUUCAUAAACCAAAAUAAGUUUUGUUUACACUAAUAUCUUUAUAAACAUUUAUCCUUAGUCUGAUUUAUUUUCACAUUCUCAUAUUGGUAUUUGACAUUUUGCUUUGACUCAAAUUCUCAUCUGUGCCUUUAGCAAUGAAUAUUCAUCAACCUUCUCACAUGUCUCUCAACAGCCAAUAACACUUUUUCUAUAACAUCCUAAACAAUGUAUAACAAACACAUGGAUAUUAUGAGGUAGAGAGACUAAAAAAUCUACACAAAGAGCAAAUCAUUUCCAAUCAUAAGAAGUAGAGUAUGUUUUUUCUGUUAAUCAUGUGAUACUAUAUAUUAGAAAGACAGUAGCCUAAUUUCAUCAAAUGCAGAAGUAGAAGGACAGACCAUUUUUAAGGUGCCCCAGAACAACAAAACAUAUUUAGGUUGCUGCCCCACCAAAAUAUAGUGUUAAAUUUAAAUUUUCAGUGUCAACAAAAAAAGUCAACCGUGCUCAAAAAACUAGUUCAUUACAAGGUCCUUAACAAUGGAGGGCACAUAUCAAACCAACAAACCUUUUGUUAUUUUUUUUUCUCAUAUGGACUUUAGUUAAAAUAAUGAGGGGUAAAAAUGGAAGAAAAGAUGAUAAGUCAUAAGCUAUAAGACAAUAAGCUACUUGAAAUAGCGUUUGAAAAAUAAGCUAUAAGUCAGUAAAAUAAGCUAUAAGCAAGGCCGUCCCCGAGAAUUUCGAGAUCCUGGGCUAAUAAUAAAAUUGGGCCCCUAGAACAACAUCACAUACACACGCAUCAACAACAAAUUUAGGGGAUCAGAGUUCAAACUCCAGUCAUCCAAUUUAUCCACCAUAAGGUGGAAUUUCUAGCCACUAGGUUACUGGACAAAAAGAAAAACUAUAUUAAAACUCUAAUGAAGAAAACAAUUUAUGUAAUGUUCAAUAUGAACACUUGUAUAUUAUUAAAAUUAUUUAGAUGUAAUGUAAAUGAUUGAAACAAUUAUUUAUUGGUUGGUUGUAGUGGAAAAUAAAAUUUGUAAUGAAACAAUAUUUAUUGGUUGGUUUUGCGUCAAAAAAAUUUAUUGCUUGGUUGUAGUGGAAAAUAAAAAAUGUAGCAGGGAAGGAGAAUCAAACACACUCCAUACUGGAUAUCUAGAGCUUAACAAAGAACACAUACAACCAGGCCACCUAACAUUUCGUUGAACUUUUUCUCCACAAAAAUACUUAACCUAUACCUGAACAAAUGGACCCCAAAAAAAUUGAGGCCC